UUAUUAUCUCUAGAACUUCUGCAGCUGCACAGUCCGGUUCCUGUAGUCCCGGUUCCUGACAGUCCUGGUUCCUGUAGUCCCGGUUCCUGACAGUCCCGGUUCCUGACAGUCCUGGUUCCCGUAGUCCUGGUUCCUGACAGUCCCGGUUCCUGACAGUCCUGGUUCCCGUAGUCCCGGUUCCUGACAGUCCCGGUUCCUGACAGUCCUGGUUUCAGAGGGGACCUGGAUCCGGGGACCUGCUUCUGGAGCUUUAUGUUGUGGAGGUUUUGGGUUUCUCUGUGAGCCUGAGAUGGGCUGUGGCUCCAGAGGGGACCGGGUUUCUGUUUAGUUCCUGUCUGUGAGGUGCGCGGGGCCCCUGAAGAGCCCAGAGAAGAACCCGGUCCCGGAUCCUGCAGAUCGGUGGUAAUGUUAGCGGUGGGUCAGAUGGACGGGUCCCGACAGAGCGCCUUCCUCCUCAGCACCCCCCCUCUGGCAGCUCUGCACAGUAUGACCGAGAUGAAGACCCCGCUGUACCCGGCCUACCCGCUCUCCUCCACCGGCCCCAACUCCUCUACCUCCCCGGCCACCACGUCCCCUAACCCGGGCGGCAUGGCGGUGUCCUCCCCCGGGAUCAAGAGCUCCUCCACGGGGCUGUCCUCGGGGCUCGGCUCCCCGCAGCAGUGCUCCUCCGCCACCCCCCACGGAAUAAACGACAUCCUCAGCCGGCCCACAGCGUCCCUCGUUGGGGCCACGGUGGCCGCCGCCUCCGCCUCCUCCGCGGCGGGAAUCCUGUCGGGGCUGCCCCGCUUCAGCAGCCUCAGCCCGCCGCCGCCUCCCGGACUUUACUUCAGCCCCAGCGCCGCCGCGGUGGCCGUGGCCCGGUACCCGAAGCCCCUGGCGGAUCUCCCGGGCCGGACACCGAUCUUCUGGCCGGGAGUCAUGCAGAGUCCCCACUGGAGGGACGCGAGGUUCGCGUGUUCGCCCCGUGAGUACCAGAACUCGGUGCUGCUGGAUAAGGACGGGAAGAGGAAACACACCCGGCCCACGUUCUCCGGGCAGCAGAUCUUCGCGCUGGAAAAGACUUUUGAACAAACUAAAUACCUCGCGGGGCCCGAGAGAGCGCGGCUGGCCUACUCUCUGGGGAUGACCGAGAGCCAAGUCAAGGUCUGGUUCCAGAACCGGAGGACUAAGUGGAGGAAAAAGCACGCGGCGGAGAUGGCGACGGCCAAGAAGAAGCAGGACUCCGAGACCGAGAGACUGAAGGGGACCUCGGACAACGAGGACGAGGACGACGACUACAACAAACCGCUGGACCCGAACUCGGACGACGAGAAGAUCACACAGCUGCUGAACAAACACAAACCGGGAUCGGGUCUGCUGCUGCACACGUCGGAGAACGACAGCUCCUAAUACCCGACCCGGACCCUGAUUCCCGCCCCUGGUACCCGCUCCUGGACGAGAACUCUCCCGGGCAAAGGCGGCCUUUUCCCGCCACUCCGAUUGUAAAUAAGCCGUGAGUCGUGUGAAUAAUGUCUGAUGAGCUGAGAACUCUUUAUUUCCCUUUUUCUAUCUCACUGUCACACAUAGGAGGAGAGGACCCUGAACGCACCACACGCACCUGUACAGACACACAGAUUUCACACACUUUUAUUUAUAAGGUUCAUCUGUGGCCGGCGCCUGCGCACUUGUGUAUCAUGGCAGGUGAAUGUAAUGCACUUUUAUUUAAUAAAAAAACUCCAAUGUU